GAACGGUCACUGGCCCAGGAGUCAAUUGCCUCACUACCACCACGUGAGGCAGUGAUGGUGGACAACCGCAGCAUAAGCUCCUAUCCUGUGCAAACUCAUUAUCGGACAGAUUAUGAACGGUCGCCAUCACAAGGUUCUAUGGCGUCAGUACCCUUCUGUGAGAUGACGAUGGUGGGAGACCAAAGGCUGGUGUCUGAUCCAGUGAAACACAAGGGGAGUUUUGGUAAUGAAGAGUGCAGUUGUGAUGUUUGUGAUGGUCCAGCUGUUAAUAAUAUUGAAGCGGACCAUGUGUUUCUUUUUUCUACUGUGCCAAAUGUGGGGUCAAAAUGUUUGGAAGAUGGUGAUAGUAUGGAUGAUUGGAGUCUUCCUCGUCGUGUUACAGCUGCAAAAGGUACUACAAGUCCUGUGAGGGUAAGGGAUAAUAGUGGUGAUGAUGAUAGAAUGGAUGAUCGGAGUCUUCCUCGAAGUGUUAUGUCCGCAAAAGGUACUACAAGUCCUGUGAGAGUAAGAGAUAAUGAUGAUAGGAUGGAUGAUAGUAUGGAUGAUUGGAGUCUUCCUCGUCGUGUUGCAGCUGCAAAAGGUACUACAAGUCCUGUGAGGGUAAGGGAUAAUAAUGAUGGUGGUGAUAGUAUGGAUGAUUGGAGUCUUCCUCGUCGUGUUACAGCUGCAAAGGGUACUACAAGUCCUGUGAGGGUAAGGGAUAAUAGUGGUGAUGAUGAUAGAAUGGAUGAUCGGAGUCUUCCUCGAAGUGUUAUGUCCGCAAAAGGUACUACAAGUCCUGUGAGAGUAAGGGAUAAUAGUGGUGAUGAUGAUGAUAGUAUGGAUGAUCGGAGUCUUCCUCGAAGUGUUAUGUCCGCAAAAGGUACUACAAGUCGUGUGAGAGUAAGAGAUAAUGAUGAUAGUAUGGAUGAUUGGAGUCUUCCUCGUCGUGUUACAGCUGCAAAAUGUACUACAAGUCCUGUGAGGGUAAGAGAUAAUGAUGAUAGGAUGGAUGAUCGGAGUCUUCCUCGAAGUGUUAUGUCUGGAAAAGGUACUACAGGUCCUGUGAGAGUAAGGGAUGAUGAUGAUGAUUGGAGUCUUCCUCGUCGUAUUGUUACAGAGGCUUGGUCAGAUAGAGGUAUAUUAUCUACAGAAGGUGUAAGUGGUAAAGAUAUACUUGCACCUUUCCCAAUGAGUGAGAUAAGAGAAAAAGAUAAUGACGACGCUUUAUUAGAUUUCAUAGAAACAGACAUGGGUGCGUCUAAUGUGUCUCGUCCAUGUAUUUAUGCUUCUUCUUCAAAAUCCCCGCAUGAAUCACGAGUUAAUAACUCUUUUAGUUCAAGGAGAACAAGUUCUUCUGAGUCCAUUUUUACUGAUAGUAAUCAUUCUAAAGUAAGCGAAAGGGACAAUCCCGUUUCAUCUGUUGGUGGUAAUAACUGGAUUGUUUCUACAGUGCCAUUGGUUUCUGACGAUAGUGAUCCUGCGGAGAGAUGGUUGAAUGUUUCAGCUGGGCAACAGUUGGACGACAGUGCCAGAAUCAUUUCAAGAGUUGCAGCACGUAGCAGGACGGGUACAGACUGCCGGCAACUGCUUCCGGAAGACAACACGGAUUUAUUGAGGGAUCGAGGACAAUCAAUUCCGGAGAAAUCCCCAAAUGAGUUAAUGCUAAGUUUUGUAGAAAGUGAAAAUCACGCGCAAGCUACGAGCGCCAGUUCGCGUGUGAGCACAAGCGGUAUAGAUAAUGAGAUGGCGUCUUCCACGGGGCCAAUCGCAGCGCAGCCAAUAGAGGUGGUAGAAAGGGAAAGAGAACAGGAAAAUACGGAACAACUACCCAGUACUGUGGGGUUGCACCAUGCUGAUCGCUCUGCUUCGUCUGAUGUGCCGGAAGAGUCAUACUGUAUUGAGGUGUGUGAAAUGAGCGUGUCCAACUCAUCGGACACGUCCGGUACAGACAUUUGGGUAUCCGGUGGGAGGUUAGCUAGCCUUUCACAGCUGUUGCGGGAUUUAGAGGAGGCAGAUCGUCUGCUUCGCCAACCGGUGAAGCUGUUACAGAAUUUACGUUCACAACGAACUCAAUGUGGUUGGCUUGAACGUUAG